CUCCGCCCGAUUCCCCCGCCCGCCCAACGCUGGCUGCAGAACUUCCCUUCCCUGGGGAGGGGCCCGGCUGCCCCUGGUGCCCCCUCUACCAUCCUGCACCUCGGCUCAUGGCCAAAAGCAGGAGGGGGCUUGGCCAGCAAGCAGGAGAAACAACUUGCUGUUCUUCCUAACUCUCAAAUAGAAAAUGUCUGCAAAUGGUGGAAGCAUCCAGGCUGCUGAGAACAAGGAGAGAGCCCAGGAGGUUCUAGGUCAUGUGCAUUCCUGUCAAGAAGUGCUCUCUGGGCUGGAGAAGAAGAUACCACACAUUAAGACAGAGCCGGAAGAGGUGCACUCUGAGGGGACCUCACAGGAGGACAGGGCUCCAGGUGCACGGGACUGGGUGCCUCUAAGUCCUGGCCCUAAGGAGAAAGCUCUCUUCUUGCCUGGGGGAGCCCUUCCUUCUCGGAUCCCCAUGCUUUCCCAUGAGGGGAGGACCCGAGAUCGGCAGAUGGCCGCAGCGCUCCUCACUGCCUGGUCCCAGAUGCCAGUGACCUUUGAAGAUGUGGCUCUGUACCUCUCCCGGGAGGAGUGGGGACGUCUGGACCACACCCAGCAGAACUUCUAUAGGGACGUGCUACAGAAGAGAAAUGGGCUGGCCUUGGGGUUUCCCUUCAGCAGGCCUCUCUGGGCCCCCCAAGUGCAGGGAAAGGGCGAGGCUGCCAGCUCCAGCCGGCAGACAGGAGCUGAGAAGGAAGAGAAGAGAGGCCCUGGUUCAGGUGAGGGACUUGGUGUGUGCCUUGUUCUGGGGAAGGACCGUUUGCCCAGUCAUUCCCGGGUACUCCUUGUUGAUAUGGACUUUCUGUUUUUUGUGGGUGCAGGGCCACUAGAUGGCUCCUUCCUAAAGGGUGGUUCUUGGCUCCAGAUUUCCCCUACUUCCUUUUCCCCUUUCCUAUCUCCCAGAAUCCAUCCCCUGGAUUUCCUGUGGGUUCCCCACCCUCUGGGGCCCUUCCAGAAGCUUGUCUCUCUGGAAACCCUCUCUCUUUCUCCAGGAACCUUGGAGGUGGGGAAGGAGGUGCCAGCUGCACCCAUGGGAGCCCUAGGGGAUGUGAAGCCCUUGCCAACCAAAACCCGGUGGGCCCCAGGGGGUGUCCUGCAGUGUGGGCAGCAGGGAGCCAGCGGUCAGAACGCUCUGUCAGCCAGAGAUGCAGAACAGCUGGCUCCUCUGGAAGCAAGAGAGCCAAAUCCAGCCCCUCCUGUGAAGGCACUGGAGGGCCAUGACCCAGAAAAACCCAACAAGGACGAGAAGGGUGCCACAGACAGCGGUGAGGAGGGCCUGGCCCCUGAUAGUGAUCUAGGCAAGAAGACCUACAAGUGCGAGCAGUGUGGCAAGAGCUUCAGCUGGCAUUCGCACCUGGUGACACACCGGCGCACGCACACAGGUGAGAAGCCCUACGCCUGUACAGACUGUGGCAAGCGCUUCGGCCGCAGCUCGCAUCUCAUCCAGCACCAGAUCAUCCACACCGGUGAGAAGCCCUACACCUGCCCCUCGUGCUGGAAGAGCUUCAGCCACCACUCGACACUGAUCCAACACCAGCGCAUCCACACUGGUGAGAAGCCCUACGUGUGUGACCGCUGUGCCAAGCGCUUCACGCGCCGCUCGGACCUGGUCACGCAUCAGGGCACCCACACCGGUGCCAAGCCGCACAAAUGCCCCAUCUGCGGCAAGUGCUUCACACAGAGCUCAGCCCUGGUCACCCACCAGCGUACCCACACUGGCGUCAAGCCCUACCCUUGCCCAGAGUGUGGCAAGUGCUUUAGCCAGCGCUCCAACCUCAUAGCACACAACCGCACGCAUACUGGCGAGAAGCCCUACCACUGCCUCGACUGCGGCAAGAGCUUCAGCCACAGCUCGCACCUCACCGCCCACCAGCGCACCCACCGCGGCGUGCGGCCCUACUCCUGCCCACUCUGCGGCAAGAGCUUCAGCCGGCGCUCCAAUCUCCACCGGCAUGAGAAGAUCCAUACCACUGGGCCCAAGGCCCUGGCUAUGCUGAUGCUGGGAGCGGCAGCUGCUGGGGCUCUGGCUGCACCCCCGCCUGCUCCCACCUAGGGUGGGGGCAGCGCACCCAGGGCAGCUGGGUCAGCCCCAUUGAAUUUGGGCCCUGUGUAGGAGCAACAGCCUUUGCUCCUGGCCUUGGUGGAGGUGGUGGGAGCCAAGGGUUGAGGGAAGGGAGCCUGGGAGGUACAGGCGCAGGGUGGGGCAUGGCAACGUGGGAGGAGCUUGGGUGAGAAGGCACAGGCACUUAGGGCAAAUUAAAGACCUUGGAAUUCAA